AGAAGCUAGGUAGAUAAUCAUGGCCCCUAGGAAACAGUUGGAGGUGCUUAGCGCACUUGAUUCAGCUAAGACCCAAUUAUACCAUUUCAAUGCAAUCGUGGUUGCUGGUAUGGGUUUCUUCACAGAUUCCUAUGACCUCUUCUGCAUCUCUCUUGUCACCAAGUUGCUUGGCCGUAUUUAUUAUUUCCACCCUGCAUCAAAAAACCCUGGUUCAUUACCCCCAGGCGUUAACUCUGCUAUCACUGGUGUUGCUUUUGUUGGAACCCUUACCGGUCAACUCUUCUUUGGAUGGCUGGGAGACAAGAUGGGUAGAAAGCGUGUAUAUGGUCUCACGCUUGUGCUCAUGGUGGUCUGCUCUAUUGCUUCUGGCUUAUCCUUUGGUCACUCAGCCAAAGGUGUAAUGGCCAGCUUAUGUUUCUUCAGGUUCUGGUUAGGUUUUGGUAUUGGAGGUGAUUACCCAUUAUCAGCUACCAUUAUGUCGGAAUAUGCCAAUAAGAAGACUCGAGGUGCCUUUAUUGCUGCAGUGUUUGCCAUGCAAGGUUUUGGUAACUUAACCGGUGGAAUCGUUGGCCUCAUCAUUUCUUCAGCCUUCAAGGCAGCUUAUCCUGCUGUGCCCUACGACCAAAACCCUAACCCCUUGAUCGACACCUCGACUGUAGCAGCCGCCGACUACGUCUGGCGGAUAAUCGUUAUGGUCGGUGCCAUUCCUGCAGUACUUACUUACUAUUGGCGUAUGAAGAUGCCUGAGACCGCUCGUUACACCGCCCUUGUCGCCAAGAAUGCAAAACAGGCCGCUUCUGAUAUGGCGACGGUAUUGCAUGUGGAAAUGGAAACAGUACAAGACAAAAUAGAACCCGUGGUAGAGAUAGAGGAUCCCUCUAACUCUUUCGGUUUGUUCUCUAAGGAAUUCCUUCGUCGACAUGGGCUUCACUUACUUGGAACCACCACAACAUGGUUCUUUCUAGAUAUCGCGUUUUAUAGUUCAAAUUUAUUCCAAAAGGAUAUUUUCACUGCAGUUCAUUGGCUCCCUGCUGCAAGUACCAUGAAUGCAAUUGAAGAGACUUUCAUGGUUGCAAGGGCACAAACCAUCCUAUCCCUUUGUGGUUCCGUCCCUGGGUAUUGGUUUACGGUGGCCUUAAUUGAUCAUAUUGGUAGGUUUAAAAUUCAAGUGAUGGGUUUCUUGAUGAUGUUGGUAUUCAUGCUUGGGCUUGCCAUUCCUUACGAUCAUUGGACGUCUCAUGGGAACCAGGCUGGCUUCGUAAUCAUGUAUGGCUUUACCUUCUUCUUUGCCAAUUUUGGGCCUAAUACCACGACAUUCGUGGUACCGGCGGAAAUAUUCCCGGCAAGGUUUAGGUCUACUUGCCAUGGUAUAUCUGCAGCAUGUGGUAAGGCCGGGGCAAUUGUCGGAGCAUUUGGGUUCUUGUAUGCAGCACAGUCAACAAACCCGGCCUUAACAGAUGCUGGGUACCCACCAGGUAUCGGUGUGAAGAAUGCAUUGUUCAUGCUUGCUGCAUGUGAUUUCUUUGGAUUAUGUUUUACGUUUUUAGUGCCUGAGGCUAAUGGAAGAUCUCUUGAAGAAAUAUCCGGCGACGAUGAGGGUGGAGAUGGAAGUGGAAUGGACGAGGAAGCUGCACCGCAACCAGGUUAUGAUAACAGGACUGUUCCUGUUUAA